AUGUGCAUCAAGUACGUCUACUACAAUACGUACUCUGAUGACCAGUUCGACAUCACCGAGCGCGUCGAAUCUUGCACACCCGGCUACAUCUGCCCCAACCCGCGCACCCUGCAGUUCGACCGCGAGUACGCCUGCCCCCGUGACCAGGCCAAGGCCUCGCAAGCCCGUGGUGACCGCCUGCCCGGUAGUGCUGCCGGCGCCUCGACUCCGUCGCCCCGUUCUCUGUCUCCGACCUCUGCCAGCCCGGACUCUCGUGCCGGCUCGAGCGACGCCACAUCUGGUGCUGACCACCCGCCUCGCCGUCGCCGACGCCGCACGUCCGACGUCUACGUCAACGGCACCAAGGUCUCGUCGACCUCCACCACUACUGCCUCCUCGAAACCCCCCUCCUCGCCGCGCACCAUGCCGAUCCCCAUCCAGCGCGCCGCCACCAUGACCUACGGCGGCAUGGAGCCCCCGCCGGAGCGUGGCCGCCGGCCCAUCAUUGUCGAGGAGCGCGUGCCCUCCCUCUACCAGAGCACGCCCCGCAUGAUGCCCAUCCCACUGCCCACUCAUGCCGACAUUUACAACCACACCACCACCACCAUAUCGGGGCGACCCCGCCCGUCGUCCGGAUUUCGUGACUUUCGUGACUUUCGCGAGUUCCGCGACCUGCGCGACACUCGCCCCGAGUUUCGCCCCGAGUUUCGCCCCGAGUUUCGUCCAGAGCUGCGCAACGACCUGCGCGAGUUCCGCCCCGUCGGCCUGGAGCGCACCUCGUCGCUGCGCCGCCGGGAGCCUGCGACGCCGCCCCUGGACAAUACCUUUUUGAGCCCCAACCGCGCUCGCUUCGAUCGCUCCCCGCAAGGCUACGGUAGUGCUGAAGACGAGCAGGAGCGGGCUGAGCGCCGCCGCCGCCGCCGAGCUGCUCGCGAGCGCGCUUCGGUGAUGCCCUCGUCGCUGCCGGCCAUGGGCGCCACCGACGUUUUUGGCUCGUCCCCGUCGUCGACGUCGGGUGUCGGUUCCGGUGUCGGCUCUGGAAUGGGAUCGUCGGCGGCCACCUCGGCGUCGACCUCCCCCGCCGUCUCGGCCGUCAAGAAGGAGCUGCGCUGGGAGGAUGAGCAGCGCCGAUUGCACAACGAGCGCAUCUCGCGCCGGCCCAAGAUGCCGCGCGUCCAACCCGUGCCCACCAGCACCACCACCAACACCAACCCCAAGCUGCAGGGCGAGGUCAAGUCCAUCCUCAAGAACACGUCCACGUCGGCCGGCACAUCACCGGCCCCGCCCGCCGAGGGCCGCUCGCGCGCUUCAUCGCGUGCGUCGUCGACCCGUCCGCCUUCUGCCUCGCGCCCCUCAUCACGCCCGCCCUCGUCGUCCCGCCGCGCGUCUUUUGUAGGGCCCGUUGGCGACCUGGACGACCUUUUCACCACGGGCGUGUCGGGCCUCAACAUUUCGACGCCGCCGCCACCGCCGCCCGGCCCGGGACCAAUGGACGAGCUCGUCGUGGACGACGUCGAGCGCAACCGUCUCCGCAACCGCUUCAGCAUGCCGCCGCGCCGGUACACCGCCGGCGGGGCCUUUAAGCGGCGCACGGAGAUCUGGUACCCCGAGGAAGGGCGAUACCGCUUCAUGUGA